CAAUUCUUCCAAAAAGAAACAAAAGAAGCUGAAGCUAUUAACAUAGCAACAUCUCUUCAAUGUCCGAUGAAGAGACUGUCUUCUCCGGUCACAGGUUCUUUAUCCUUCACCGUUCAACUCGCUCCCAACUCGGUCACUGCUUGCUCAUCUGAGGUUCAUGUUUGUGCCGAAUGGUGGCAAUCCGUUCAGCAUAGUUCCAAUGGUCUCCUAUAUCGAAGUACCAAGGAAUUUGAUUUUGAGUCAGUUGCAGAAAUGUUUGCAGUUAAGAAGGCUUCAGAAGCAUUAAAUCUAUCAAAGGAAGGUAGACUGAAAAAGGAGCCUGAAGUACUUCUCUCAUGGGAACUUGAAAAAAACAUGGAGUUAAAAGAAAUAUUUGACAUCAAGUUACCACCCAAAGAUGUUGGGAAUGCCUUGCAGCUUUUAGGGUUUGGAGAGUGUUCGGAAAGGCUCUUGAUCUCAAGGAAGGAGGAGCUGAAGCCAUUUUUGAAGAAUUGAUUAGUACAGAAAGUAUGGAUGAACAUAACUUCUCUCUUAUUCGAAAGGGCCGAGGGUCUUACCCAGUGGGCUUGAUAAAUUUUUAAGUUUUCCUAGCAAAUCGAAAGAUAUGGUGGACCAUCUACUGAUGCAUUAAUUUUAUGUUUAAAAAUUUGUUUAUAUCAACAACUCCAUUUUAAGAUUUUUUACAUGGGAUCUUAUAAUUGCAUGUUAUAUAAUAUUUGUAGGGUCAAUCUGAAUGUGUAGACUGUAAUUUUUUCUUGACUGGUGGAGUCUUGGAGGAUUUGUUCACAAUUUGCACUUGCAUUUAGCUAGUCUGUUCUCGUAAGAGUUACAAAUUAAAUGUAGCUUGGUUGUCCGUGUGACUCACUUUCAGGUUUUGAAAUUUGAAUUUUGGAUGGAGUGGAAUAAAGAAGAGGUGUAAGGGCCAAGGAAAUUGCUGAAAAGAAAAUGCAAAACAAAGAUUUCAACGGGGCUCGAAAAUUUGCUCUCAAGGCUCAGCAGCUAUAUUCUUAUUUGGAGAAUAUUAAUCAAAUGCUUAUUGUCUAUGAUGUGCAUUGCUUUGUUGAUCAGAAAUUGUUUGGCAAUGAGAUGGACUGGUAUAAAAUUCUUCAAAUUGAGCUGACGGCUAAUGAUACAAUAAUUAAGAAGCUACAGGAAGUUUGCUCUCCAAUUUCAUCUUGACAAAAAGUUUUCUGGUGCAGAAGCUGCGAUUUAAGCUGAUUGGGGAAGCUCAAAUUUUCUGAGAGCAGACUUACUAUUCUUUUUUUUUUUCUGUUUCUAUCAGAUGAGCUAACUUGACAGUUCUAUUCAUAUGGAUGAUUUUGGUGUAGGUCUCCAUCCUUGUCAACUAAGAAUUAAACUAAUUCAUGGUUGAAACAUUUAGAGGAUUUGAUUAUGCAAUCAUAUCACCUACUAAAUGAUUUUUCUUUGGAUUGAUUUCAAGAAGGUAUCACUGUAUAUUAUAAAUUAGAUUUGUCUAAGAAGUUUAAACUGAUGACUCUUCUUUGUG